AUGGCUCUCCGGUGGCUUUACAUGCUCUCCGUGGUGCUGGUGUGGGGCUGCGUGGUGUCGUCGUCCUCCUCCUCCUCCUCCUCCCACACCACAGUUGCUCCCCCACAAGACCUUCAGAUCACUGAUCCUGGACUCUUAGGUUCUCUCGAUAUAGAGUGGAAACCUCCACCCAAUGUACAAACCUUCAGUGAAUGCACAGUAAAAUACAGGUUUGAAUACCGCAAUGCUGGUGACAGAGACUGGAAGGUUAUUUUUACUAGGAAGCUAAAAUUCAGAGUUGGAUUUGACCUCAGCAGGACUGCUGAAGUGAAGGUGCAAACACUGCUGGAAGGACGGUGUACUGAUGAUGUGGAGGUGCAAAGUGACUGGAUUUAUGCUACCUUUCAGGUCCCAUUGCAAGGAAAACUGGAAUCAGAGGUUCAGAAUUUUCACUGUGUCUAUCAUGACUGGGAAUACCUCAAGUGCACUUGGCAACCAGGUCUCCUCGCUCCUCAUGGCGUACAUUAUGGGCUAUAUUAUUGGUACGAGGGACUGAGCCAUGCAGUGCAGUGUGAUGACUAUAUUCAGGAUCAUGAUAUAAACAUCGGCUGCGUAUUGCAAAAUCUGAGCCAGGCAGAAUAUAAGGAUCUGAGCAUUUGUGUCAAUGGUUCAGCAGCAGCCACUCUGCUACGGCCGUUGUAUGUCACCCUUCGCCUUCACAACCUAGCAAAGCCCUCGCCCCCGAAGCAGCUGGUGGUUUCCAUGUCGGCAUCUGAGGAGCUCCACGUGGCGUGGGGCCCGCCGGGUGGCGAAACGCCGCCCCAGUGCCUGGAGUACGAGGUUCAGCUGGCAGAAGAUCUGGAGGAGGCCAAGGCUGCCUGGGCGUCUGUGUCAACCCAAAUGGAGACUGCUUUAACAAUUUCCAGAGCAAAUCAAAGCCACAUUUCAUGUGUUCGUGUCAGGGGGAGAACAAAUAUUUUCUGUGCUGACCAGGGCUUUUGGAGUGAAUGGACGCAGGAGUGUUUCUCUGUGUCCAGAAAAGAGGACAAGCAGCUAUUUAUCCUCAUUCCAGUCAUUCUGAGUUUGUCAAGUAGCCUCGUAAUAUUUAUGUUGAUUGGCCAGUGCAAGAAAAGAUCCCCAGCAGGAAAGCCAUUGCAUGCAUCUGUGGGAUGCUAACUCUGCUUGCGACUACCAUACUACUUGUGUUUGAUGGAUUGCUCUUAGAACAUCAUCCCA